CGACCUCACCUAGCACCCCGUCGAUACAUUCUUCUUUCGUCCAUCGGCUGCGCCCCUCAAUACUAGACUGUCGCACGCCACACACAUAUUCCCUGCAUCCUCAUAUAUUCCUGAACAAGGGAUACUCGACUCAAAAACCAUCUUCUUUCGGAAUCUACUUCCAUCAUGUACUCUCCCUCAUCCUCAAGAGGAUAUUCUUCAGGCAGUGGAGCCUCAUCAAGCGGAAGCCGCUAUGCCCCCAUGCCGGAUCGGAUACAAACCAGUUUUCCUCAACAGCGGGGGCCGGACGUACCACGAGCAGUCGCCACCUUGCUCGAGACCACCCAGCAGCUCCAGGAGAUGUUGAACCUCUGGAGCGUGCGACGAGUGAACGAGCAGCAAGUCAGCGACGUUUACGUCCGGGUCGGGACGACGUUCAACGAGACCGUCACAGCCUUCGCGUCCAUCGCGAUCGACCUGAGCGACCUGUACACGAUCCCACAGGAACUACGCACAGUGCUCGAAAGCUGUCUCGGACAGGAACCUUCGCCACAGGCUCUGGCAUCGCACAUGCCACAAGUCCGGAGGAUUAUCUACAACCUCUUGCAAGGUCUCCGAAACAAACAGCCGCAAUACUGGAGGGCUGUAGGAGGUAAUCAAGUCCUUGUGCCAUGACGCGCCCGUCAUUGACAACGAUUGGAGAUCGUAGGGGUGGUGGAACCGACGCUGGGCCGGCGAAUUCGACACAAAACCAGACUUGAAGUUCGUUCUGGAAUAAGGGAUGCCUUAUUUUCUUGCUCAGCGACUGCCGUGACCACUGGAUGGAUUAGAGACGGCGUCGACUGUUGUAUCCUUAUUUGCCAACGCCCGGUGUUGUUAUAUACCUGUCUUGUACAUCGAUGUGUUGUAUUUAUCUGCAUAUUCUACUAGUACUAUAUCCAGU